GAGCCAACGGUCAUUUUUCUCGGCACUUCCAAAUAUCCGAGUUCUCCCCUUUCCCAUAUUCUUUUGUUGGAUAUGCCAUGAAUUUGGGUUAAAAUUCAAGUGAUUCUGGUUUGUAUGGAGCUUUUCCUUCAUACAACCCUUUUCUCCAAACUAUCUGUAGGCCCUUCUUCUCUCUACCCUAACACUCUUGCCUUCAAUGGCAGUGUUACUCGUCGCAGAUUAUUUUCAAAAAACCCUAAAGGUUUCUCGACUCCACUUCGGAUUUCAUUGAGUUCUGAGCAUGAUUUGAAAUCAAAUGAUCAUCAUCUCACUCAGGAGUCUCGGGUGGAUGCUGAGAUUUUAAGUGGAGGAGAAUCCAACUGCAUCGAGGUGAUUGGAAUUGGUAGCAGAAAGGAUGCGGUUCUGGAUUUUUGUGUGGAAUCGCCUCUCCAAUCGCUGACUUCGUUGAGGUUUUGGAAUAUCCAGUCAACAGAUUCAGGGGAGGUGCAACUGUUACAGAAAUCUCGUGCACAAGAUGUGGUUUCGAGGAACUUGGAAGGUCCUGUGUCGCAGCUAUCAUCUUCUCAAGCCGUUGUCCUUGUGGCUAGUGCUGGAUAUGGCCUCGAUCACAUUAAAGCAAUUGAGCUUCUUAGAGAAAUAAAAUCAGCAAAUGGGUUUUCUGUUGGCAUUAUUCUGAAGCCUUUCAGUUUUGAAGGACGCAGACGUCAAGAUGAGGUCAAUGACUUGGUUAACAAACUCUGGGAGAAUACAAACUUCUGUAUUGAAGUGGAUACUGAUGCACUCUUAAAAAGGGAAAUGGUCACUCUGGCUGAAGCUCUAAAGAGUGCAAAUAAUGCAGUUCUGCUGGGCUUGAAUACAAUCUCCGUUCUUAUGUCUGACUUGCACAAUAAGUUUCUCGAUCAACCAAACAGUAAAAUGAAGGAACUCAAAGUUCUAGAAGUAGUAGAACUUUUGAGCAGUUGUGGAAAAGCAAAAGUUGGAUUCGGAGUGGGUAAGAGUAUGAAAUCAUCAAUUGCACGAGCUGUCUUUGAUUGCCCUUUUCUUGGUGAUGGCAUGAAGGAAAAUGACAUGGUUGUCUGCACUGUAGCAAGUUGUGAUGUUAAGGAGCAUAGUGAUGUACGCGAGUUCUUGCAAACAUUUCGUCAAACAACUGGAUUCAAAAAGGAGAUCAUACUUUCCAUGUUUUAUGAACCUAAUCUGGAGAAAAACCUGGUAGUAACAACAGUCAUUGCUCUAGGCUGCAAUGAACAAGGUACAUCCCGGAAACAGGGUUUUUUAUCCAGACUUGCUCUGCGUUUUCCUUUUGUGUUCUCCCUCCUGGGAAGAGGCCAACCUGAUACAGAGAUAGUAACUGUCAACUCAAAUAGUAAUGAAGCAUACCCUUCAGGGAUCAUUAGUUCUUCAGAUAGUAUGGAUAUGCGAAAUCUGGGUUCCUCUGAUGAUGUGGAUGAAAAUCUUGACUCGGAUUUUGAUGAACUGAGGACCCUAUCGGAAAGAAAUUAUGAAGAAACCAAUGAUUUAAGGCAAUUCUACGGUGAGGAUAAGAUAAGGGGGGGUAGAACUUCACAGGGAAAUAGCAACUCACAUUCUCAUGUUCAUGAUCAAUCCGCUGAAGAACAACCUGUUUUUCGAAGGGAACCACUCAUUAGCCGAAAUGUGGGACCGGAGUUCGAUGUUGAGCAAGUGCGGGCACAAAAAGGAGUUGUAUCUGGGACUGAUCCAGUACUCGGCAGACAAAUCUUUUUCUCUCUUCCAGUUGGUGUAAAGAAAGCUUCGAGUCAACGCUGGCAACAGUUUCCCAAGUCUCAACAGCCCUCAGAUCCAAGAGUUUUAGAUGAUAAUAGCGAAGUAUCACAGGGCACUACAGAUAUGCUUUCAUGGGAUGCACUGACUGAUGCUAGUCGUGAAGCAGUGAAGGAUGUCUAUGGUGCUGCAUCUACACUUUUAAAAGGAAAUGCUGCUGAUAUUCCUAGGAAGCAAGGAGUACUUUCUGUUCGUGCAUCAUCCAUGUUGGAAUCUGAACGCGACUCGGAGAAAAAAUGGAGUCGUACUACAGAGAUGCAAUAUAGAGGAGGAAUUUACAAGGGACGUUGCCAAGGAGGACUCCCAGAAGGAAAGGGUCGUCUAACACUUCCAGAUGGAAGCAUUUAUGAUGGCAUGUGGCGCUAUGGCAAGAGAUCUGGUUUAGGUGCAUUCUACUAUAGUAACGGGGAUGUGUACCAGGGAUCUUGGAGGGAUGACCUUAUGCAUGGAAGGGGCUGGUUUUAUUUUUGCACUGGGGACCGGUGGUUUGUGAACUUUUGGAAGGGGAAAGCAAAUGGGGAAGGACGAUUUUAUUCAAAAGGGGGUGAAAUCUUUUUUGGCAGUUUUCAAGAUGGCUGGCGACACGGAGAAAGCUUAUUUAUUGACGACGAAGGAAGAAGGUGGACUGAGAUCUGGGAUGAUGGUGUCCUUCUAAGUCGUGAACCACUGGACUCUGAAACGACUGCCAACUAAUACUUCAAUGUACAUGAAAGAAAUGAAGUAGGCUGUUCUUGUUGUAUGUAUAUAUUAUCUUCUGUCAAAUGAGGUUAUUUUUCUUCCGAGUUUAUUUCUAGAUCCCAUUAUCUUAUGAAUUUCGUUUUCAGUAGCAUUUUCCUCAUAUUCUUAUAUAUAUGCAAAUGAAAUGCUAUAACAGAGAAAUCUGAAAAAAGAGUCCACUCUUAAACCAAUUAGACAACACAUUCCACUUCAAAGUGUAACAUUUAAAGCAUUUAAAUUCGUAAUUGUUUUCUUGUCUUUCUUUUC